GAAGUGGGUACUACCGCGCCGAAUUAAUCAAAGCAGUUCCAAUCGGUACGUCGAGACGGUUGAUACGCGACGGUUCGUGUUUUACGGGGUUUUACACGCGGGAUUUACGUGCGAGAAAAGUGGCAUUUUUUUGGAGAGAAUUUGCGGUUUUUGUGUUUAUUGGGAGGCUAAAAGGAUCGGUACUAAUGACGCAAUGAGUUGGACAACAUCAACUUGUGCCUGUCCACCCUCCACUCGCAACACGUCCAAGGGAUCGAGGGCAUCGCCGCCCAAGAAUUGCGAGAUGGCAAACUGAAGGCCAUUCUGGCGCUCUUCUUCGCCCUCUCGCGGCACAAACAGGCAACAAAAGCCCGCCAACAGCAAGACAUGACGCCCAACAGAUCGUCGGCGAUUCCUCAUAAGGGCGGUACCGCUACCAGUGCCAUACCGUUGCCGGGCAGUGCGCUGCCGGCCCGACGAUGUCCCCCGGACAAGGUACGACCGGUCGCCGGCUCCUCCAGGGCCCCCAGCCCCGCCCUCAGUAUGAUCCCCCGAGGGCCGCCCGCCGCCCCUCCUCAGAUCUCCAGCCCCUAUCAGACACCGACGGCCGCCCCUAAGAAUUCUACCGUCACUCAGAACGGUUCCAUGUUGGAUAAAUUGAAAUUGUUCAAGAAUAAUGAGAAAACUAGUGCUAACACAAAUGGCAAGAGGACAAGCUCAUCCAGUGGGGGUGUCGUCAGCUAAAAGCGAAAGAAGUGACAGCAGUGCCUCCCUGGAUGUCAACCCCGAACCCAAACCACCCAAAAACAUAUCCAGAAUCAAACAGACUACUAAACCAGCCAAUAAUAGCUCUAGUAUUAAGACCCAGAUUCAAAAGAAUAGUCCCAGUCCAGCCAAAAAAGUCCAAAAUGGGGGCCCCAAAAUGGCCACGGAGGUGGAAAAACAUGCCACCAAAGUAUCCCAGUUAGCGGGCAGCAAACUGGCCGAGCCAAAAGUCAGAGUGUCAGCCCUUAAUAAGGAGGUGAAGUCAAGUGCUGUACAAAGUGGCAAUGGCACCGGAAUACCUAAACCCACCCUGGCAGUCAAAGGCACCACGAAAUCCUCCUCUUCUAACAUUCCCCUGCACCCAGCAUCGAAAGCGCCGAGCAUAUCACGUGAAUCGUCACAACAUUCCUUGUCCAAUCAUAAACCGGCUGUGGCCAUGGUGUCACCGAUGAAGUGCGAGAAGGACACCAGUACUACUGGUGUGACAAAAGAGCAGCCGCUGUCGGAGAGCAGCGCCUCUACCGGCCCCUACAGUAACUCCAGCGACAGUUCCUCGGUGAUUUACCGGCCGUCAAGCGAGAGCAGCUGUUCCGAGAAUGUCCAUAAUCCGAUCCCCAAUAGGAAGGAACCAUUGACUUUUCUAUCGGAACCUCCGCACGUCCCCCACCCGCCCCUGGAGCCGUUGAAAGAAGCCCCCCAGGAGGCCGAGAGUCCGAUAAAGUCCAAAGCGGUGACGUCACCGACGACCCAACCGAGACUCACCACCACCAUUCCCAACCAUAUCAGACAAACCAUCAAGUCGAAAGUGGGCGAGGGAAACGUGUUAGAAAAGGACAAGAAUAUUGUCAGCAUGAAACAUAUUAGGGAGCAGAGUUACGUGGCGAAACAGCAGCACCAUCUGGAUGAUUUUCCGGAUAAUAUGGCGAGUUUCGCGAUGGAUGUGAAGAUUAACGGGGCGGUCAAAGAGGGCGGCGGUGAAAAUUUAAGUAUAGAACCGAUGCGGCCGUUGCUACGGGGUUAUUGUAGCACUUUAACGUUACCCGGGCGGCAAAGGGGCGGCUGCAAUAGGGCGACCGACGGGGAUUAUUGCGAGAUCACGUUGGCCAACGGAUAUUUAUCGGAAAGCGAGAUCCUACGCGGGUCAAACCCCAUGGACAUACCGGACGGUUACUUAUCGGAGGGCGGAUCGGUUUUGUACGCCCGUAGGUUACAAAAUAUACCCCAAAACAACGGGUAAGUUUUCAAAUCCCUAUA